ACUAUUCUCACUAUCCCUUACCAUCCAAACUUGAGUUGUUUACCGCCCUCCAUUAGAGUUGUUGGGAGGCUUACUUAUCCAUCGUCAGGCGGGGAUGGCGAAGUUCUCAACGGGAUCCUGCAUGGGGGAGUCAUACUGAGAGGUGAAAUAGGAACUAACUAUGCUCCUGGAGGGUCUACCAUGUCCUGUGUGAACCUGCUAGAGCUGCCGGAGAGUGUGUUGCUGCGGGUCUUUAGCUACCUGUGUCCUGUCGAUCUCUUCCAUAUAGCCAGGAUUCACCCCCGACUGGCAAGAUUGGUGGGUGACCUCUCCCUGUGGAGGCAUGUGGAUUUUGGAAGGGCGCCCCUGAGCCUUCAGUUCCUGCACAAAUUUGUCAAGUUCCUCGGACCACACACCCUCACCAUCACCAUCACUGGGUUUGUGCGGCCCAGCAGUAGAUUGCACCCAAAAGGAUCCAAGUGCAUCUCAGAGGCAUUCCUCACAAGCUUGAAACGCCGCUGUCCACACCUUCAGGAACUCAACCUUCAUCGCUGCUACAUUGAUGCUUCAACCACCAAAUUCUCCACCCUACCUGCUUCCCUCAAGAAGCUCUCUCUCUGUGGCUCAGCACUUUUCAACUUACCACAAAACCGAGUGGUAGUGCUAGCCUCCCCAUUCUUCCGAUUGGAGAAACACCUGCCAGUUCUGGAAGAGGUGGUGCUGGAGGGAUGUGGGGCCUGGCUCACCCCACAAGAUCUCACCCUCCUCAUGAGUCACUGCUCAGCCCUUCAGAGUGUCAAUGUGGGAGCAGCAAGAUACACCCGGACUGGCCUCUCCUCCUGGGACAAGCGGGAGGACAAGCACUGCAGCAGAAUUGUACUCUCACGCAAAUGGAGAGCCUGAAGCAGCAUCUUCUGCCUCUUGUAUCCUUAGAAGAGUAUUUAGCAGUGGCUUCCUCAACACUAGAUGGUUAUGGAGUGGCUUGACUGUUGUGUGAUCUCAGAGACAUUGAGUUAAUUAUUGCAUUUACUGACUGCUAAAAAUUAACAUUCUAUUCAGUGUAAUUACUUGAAGAAUUCACGAACUCAUAGAUUUAACUAUCAUCCAGAGGAGCUUUGUUUAAGUUUGUAUUCCAUGACAUCAGAAGAAAGUGUUGCAUGGAUUGUUCACAACAGGAAGGACAAUACUUCUAGAUCAAAGCAAAAGACAUACUUGGUUAGCCAGAGGUGCUGGUAGAUAGAGGCAGAGUGUGAGUAAAGUGCAGAAGAGGGCAGCCAUGGCGAUGUUGCACCGAGCUCUCUUCACCUGGUUCCUUCUGCUGGUGUUCCUCAUCCUGCUGGCCCUGCGCCUGGAUGACCGGACCAAGUGGAACUGGUUCAUUGUGUUCUUCCCUAUGUGGUUUUAUGAUGCCAUUUUAUUGGUGUACAUCAGCAUCCAUAUGAUCAAUGAGCUGCGGGCGGCUGUGUCGGGGACGGGCAACACCCACCACCGCACCCUGAGGCAGCGGGCUGCCAGCCUGCUGCAGAGGGUGUGGCCAUUGUUGGUAGUGGUGCUCAAGAUGGCUUUCAUGGUGGCCCUCUGCCUCAAGCUGGAGAACCCCAGUGCCAGUAUCUCCACCUAUCACGUGCUGCUGCCGCUAUGGAUCCUGCUUACCGGCCUGUGUGGUAAGGUGUUGCACUGCCUUGUCUUGCAGCAUCAGUACCGCUAUCCCUGAGAACCCCAGCAGCACUGUACCCUGCUACUGGUGCAAUGAAUGAUCCGUUCAUUUCCUGUUCUGUGUUAGGUUGUUGCUGCAAUAUAAUUUGCAAUCCAGUGUGUGUUGUCCUAUGUGCAGUGUAAAAAAUCUGCAAGGAGGUUUGAAAGGACCAAGUAUAAAUGCGUAUUUAUGUGAUAACUACUAACCUUUUGUGCCUGUGGGGGCUGCAUGAAGAAUUUAUUUGUUGUUUUAUAGGAGGAUCCCACAGGAUAAUAAACUGAGUUAAGCAA